AUGGGCACUCCGGCGGAGGGACCGCCACCAAUGGACGACCAAGACGCGUCUCAGCAGCACCUGUACGAGGAGCGCCACAAUGGCCUCGAGAGACAGCCAACCAACCCGCUCGACAUGCACUCCUCGCAGACGCUCGCCCCGCAGAAUCGCACAGACGCGCCCGCGAGGUCCAUGACUGACCCCGACCAGCACCAGCAGAACCUGCCCAUACCAAAGCCGAAGCGCAGUGGGAAGAUAUGCGGAAAGUGUGGAGAAGGACUGACGGGACAAUUUGUGAGAGCGCUGGGCGACACGUUCCAUUUGGAGUGCUUUACUUGUCACGACUGCAGCAAGAUUGUCGCCUCCAAGUUCUUCCCCGUCCCCGAGAAGCCGCCAGGGCAAUAUCCAUUGUGCGAAACCGACUACUUUCGACGCCUCGAUCUGCUUUGCUUCGAAUGCGGCCAAGCCCUCCGCGGGUCCUACAUCACGGCCUUGGACCGCAAAUACCACAUUGAGCAUUUCACGUGCUCUGUAUGCCCCACUGUGUUUGGAGCCUCCGACAGCUACUACGAGCACGAGGGCAGCGUCUACUGCCACUACCAUUACUCGACCACCUUUGCCCAGCGAUGCAAUGGCUGUCAGACGUCCAUUCUGAAGCAAUUUGUGGAAAUAUUCCGCAAUGGGCAGAACCAGCACUGGCACCCAGAAUGCUACAUGAUUCACAAAUAUUGGAAUGUUCGCCUCCACUCGACAGGCCAGCCUGUCAUUGAAUCAAUGCAUAAUGCCGAUAGCGAAGCGACAGAUGCAGUUCGCGAGACUGUGCGCCAGCAAGAAGAGGAAAUCGAGGCAAAAGUCAAUUGGAUUUGGAAGACGCUUUCAGCUUUUGAGGAGAAAUCCGCCACAUGCAUUUCCGACAUGCUGCUCCACGUGAGCAACGGUGCAUAUGUCGACGGCGUCAUGGCUGCCAAAAAAUUCAUUGUUCAUGUUGAUCUAUUAUUCACCGCCGCAGACGACCUCGACGCACAACUGGUUGCGAAGACCCCCAAAGGUCUGACCUACUCCCGCGAGUCAAAGCUGCUAUGCAAGAAAGUGGUCGCCUUCUUUGCACUCCUCACGCAGUCUCAAGGAACGGGUGUCCGGCGCCUGGGCGUUACCCAAGAACUGCUGUCCCUAGUUACCGGUCUGGCGCAUUAUUUGAAGCUUUUGAUCCGGAUUUGUCUGCAGGGUGCUUUGAAGCUAGAACGCGAAACACGGAGCUCUAACGGCCUAACCAACUUCCUCACACAGGUCAACUCGCUCGAUGCCCGCUUGGAAGACGAAGCACAGAAAGACCAGGCAGCCGAGUCUGCGCUGCUGGUUCCCAGAUGGGCUGAUGCGUGUCCAAUAUGCGAUGCUCAAGUCGAAGACAAGUGCUUACACCUGGAUAAUAUGUCGUUCAACUACAACUGCAUGGUCUGUCGUGGUUGCAACGCUGACCUACGCAACAAUGUCCACAAUGCGUAUUGGAGCAAGAGCAAGCACAGAAUGUUCUGUCCAGCCUGCGCGGCCGCAACGUCGGAUGCAGUAAAUGGGUUUGAGCAAGUCACAAAACUGCGGCAGUACAUCCAUUUGCUAAAGGUGGCUCAUGCCCGCCUCAUGGCAACGCUGCGCUCCAGUGGUGCGCUACCUCACACUUCUGAUGACCCUAAUUUGAGCGGUUACGACUCCUCACAAGGGCAUCGUCUAGGCGAUGCCGAGUCCGACCUCCAGCCGCCACACUUGCGAGCUGACGCUCGUUCCAAGUCAUACGGAGGUUCAACUACGAAUGGCAGUCAAGUAAGCUCCAAUGCUGCUUACGAGCAAUCCAUGUCCGACAUCAAGCGCCUGCGGUCGACACGGCUAGACAAGCAUCUGUCCAACACAAUGAAGAAAGCACGGGCGUCGCGAAUCAUCGACGGCCCUCAAGGCUUCGAAAUAGGAGGCGAUAAUCAAUCACGAGGUGGUAUGCAAAUCGUUCAGGAACGCGACGGCCAACAUGAUCUCGACAAUGUCACUCUUGCUGUCAAUUCGCUCGCGUUGGAUGAUAUCGCACGCAUGGCGGCUUUGGAACAGCAACGUGAACAACGCCCCAAUGCAUUUCGCGCGGGUGGUGAUGCUCUGAUUGGGCGGGAUCAGGCAAGGGUCCUGAACGGUCACCGUCGCGACUUUUCCGGAGCUCAGGAACUGCAACAGAUGUCUGAGCUUCGAUCGCGCACAUACUUCUCCGAACUAUCACCUUUGGAGUACUUCAAACUCAAGGGUCUUGCUGUGCUCCAGCUAGGCCUCCUUCUGGAUGACAACCAAUACAAUCAGGGAGAACUUCUUGAUCUCAUAGAAACUAAGAAAAACAACUUCUGGGGCAAAAUAGGACUUGGAAAAGCGUUCAAGGCCGAUAAGGGCAAAUCGAAAAAAGGCAAUCCCGUCACGGAGAAGCCGGUUUCCGACAGAGCCACAUUCAGACAGCCGCUCGAGUACCUUGUAGAAAAAUACGCGGCGGAAUGCACAGAGGGUGUGGGCCCGGGUGCCCUGAAAGUCCCGGCUUUGCUACAAGACGCCACUACUGCCAUGAGGAGCAUGGAUAUGUCAGUAGAAGGCGUGUUUCGAAAGAACGGAAAUUUGAAGGCUUUGCGAGAACUAGAAGAGGAAGUUGACGCGAAAGGCGUGGAACAAAUCGACCUCAACACGAAGAACCCUGUCAUGCUGGCAAAUCUCCUCAAACGAUUUUUGAGAUUGAUGCCAGAGCCGGUGAUGACGUUGAAACUAUAUCGGCUCUUCAUGACAGCCAACGAUAUCGAGGACGAGGUGCAAAGAAAGAAGGUCCUUCACCUGAUCCUGUGCUUAUUACCCAAGGCUCACCGGGAUACCAUGGAGGUCUUGUUCUGCUUUCUCAACUGGGUCUCAUCCUUCCACACUGUUGACGAAGAAUCGGGUAACAAGAUGGACACGUGGAAUAUUGCUACGGUCAUUGCGCCGAACAUCCUACGAGAGAACAACGACAAAGAGAUGAGGAACGUCGACCAAGGCGCAGUCAAGGUCGUGUUUGAUCUCAUCGAGAACAACGAUGAGUUUUCAGAGGUGCCACCCGAGAUCAUGGAACUUCUUAGCGACGACAGCUCAUCUGAGAUGUCUGCAAAAGAGAUCAUGCGACAAUGGGAAUCGAGAGGCAAGGCCCCUGCCACAACCGCUCUUUCGACGUCGCCAAACAACCAAAACGGACCGGCGAAGAGAAAGGAUGAGCGCAACGCACCACAGAUCACACAAGCGGAUAACAACCCACAAGCCCACGCAGGCGAGUCGUCCGUCAGACACAUCGGGCCAGGCGUCCACAGCUUCGGAUCGCCUCCCAACGCCAGCAACAGUCCCCUCCAUCAGCAGAGAGAGGGCACGCCAAGCAGUGCUUACGGCCCACAUCCACAGGCAUCCACAGAAAGCCAUCGAACAGCUUCACCCCACCGCCACAGCUACCGCUCUCCCGCCUUUCAAAAACAAUCACAAAUCGGCACCGCAGGCGCGGGGUAA